AACAUCAAAACAAGUUCUGUUAUAAGGAUCAAAGCAGUAUCUUUAAUUUGGUGUUUCUAAUCAUGACAACCUCAACGACGGGAAAGAAAUGUGGGGUUUUGGUUAUAGCAAUAUGUCUCGUUCUCUCAAGUUUCUAUGAAGUUUCUUGUCAGGUUGAAGGAAGCAGCGAAUAUCAUUGGUUUGAGGCUAAUGUUGAAACCCUCGAAUCAGAAGAGACAUCAUCUGUCUCUCGGUCGGUUGAAACCGAGUCUGAAGCUGCUAGUAUUCAAGUGGGUCGACGUUCGAGUGCUUCGGACGUCAGACGUUUAGCGGAAGGUUUAUCUGAUGGUGACAUUGAUAGCGAUGCUGAAUUAAUGGAUGCUUCUGAAUAUGAGGCUACGAAUUGGAACCGAGCGGAAGAGAUGGAAGAGCUUCAUGACCAGGUGAAAGCUGCGGCAUCCAAAUCUGUCGUAGAAGAAGAAUACACGAAGGAAAAGAGUAAAAUGGAAACAAGUGAAACCACAUUCCAAGGACGUGAAAGUACAGAAGAUAAAAGUGAUGGAAACAAAAUAUAUUAUGAAAAUGAGGGUGCAAAUGAAUCUGAGGGAUUCAUGAUAAGCGAAAUUGGAAGUGAAGCUGAGUCAACGGAGAGUCGUCUAGAGUAUGAUUCGAAGAAAACCAAUGCUCUCUCAGAUUUUGCGGAAUCUCUAAGAAUUGGACAGUCAGGUUCCUGGCGCUGUACUAACCAUGACCAGAAUGAUGCUAGGGGAGAUGAUUAUAUCGUUAUACCAAAGUAUGAAUUAAAUGAUAUCAUCAAGGAAGAAUCCAUCAAGGGCUCCUCGUCAAAGACCUCUAGUCUCAUGACAUCGCUGUCCAAGAUUGUUGAGAAUCACAAGGAAGGACGAUGGCAAGAUGUUAAAAUAGGAAAGGUUAGUACUAAGGAAACAUCAGCGAAGGUAAAGAAGCUAAGAGAAAUCCUAAAAAGUUACGUGGGUAUAAAGGUACGUGAGCUCGUGGCUCGUUCGGAUUACGAAAAGAUACUGACGAUGGCUGCACACUACGAGGAACUGACCCUGGCUCCAGUAACCUACAUAUCCAAGCUGGCCACGUUCGGGACUUUGAUAAAGCAAGGAUUCAAGAGUGUCCUGGUACACGAAAAAGUGGCCAUUGAGAAGCAGAAAAGGGUGGACGAUGAGUUCGAGUUAGUCAAGAAUUUGGCUGAUAAAGGAGACAAGUUGUCGGUACAAAUAUUCGCCAUGAAGAAAAUGGUGUUAAAGCUUGAGGCCGAGAAGAGAGAAGUUGAUAUGGAAUUCAAGAAGAUUGUAGAGAACCUAUCACGCCUUCUGGAGGAAUCGUCUCAGGCCUAUGACAAGCAUCAUGUGGCUGUGCGCGAGUGGAAAGAGGCAAAAGCACAUGUGGAAUAUUCUCAUGAGACCAUCGAAAAGGCUGAGGUCGUUUGGGUUCAGUUUCUCAACACUCUU